ACUAACUCGUUGUUGUGCACUUAAGAUAAUAAUUAUAAUCAAGGAUAAUCUACACGAGAGGAAUCUCAAAAGAUUUGUAGAAAAUUCAUGCUUCGGUCAUCUGCUGAAUAUGAAUCAACUCAGAUUUCAAGGGCAGCUGCUGCUGCACUUGCUGUUGCACAUAGACAUGGCUGCCUCCAACAACACCACCCUUGUUUUCAACAUUAACAACUCUAGCAUGGAAUUCCAACCUACAGAUUUCCAUCUCAUCACAGGGCUUCGUUUAGUCAAUUCCGAGGCAUCAUCAUCAACAACAACAUCCUCGUCUAUUCACAAGCGUGUUUUCCAAGGUAGGCCGACUAUCAUGUUCAAGGACGUUGAAGAAGCCUUCCUUGACGUUAGCCAUGAUCACGAGGGCAGAGGAGAAGUAACCUUGAAGCUGGCCUUGCUCUAUUUCCUCUACGGAGUUGUGUUACCUGCAAGCCCCACCAAGAAGAUUGACUUGCACUAUCUUCAUCUAGCCGACAAUCUUGAAGCUUUUAACGCGUUUCCAUGGGGUCAGGUUGCGCAUGAGCUCCUCGUCUCGUCCAUGCUGUCAGCACGGCUCUGCAUGGACAGCUCAAGAGCCACGAGGCUCGUCAUGCACGGCUUCAUCUUUGCUCUACAGGUCUGGGCUUAUGAGAAGCUGCCUUCUGUUGCUACACAUUGUGCAGCUCCCGCACAUAACCUCCAACACUCCACCGUGCAAAUCUUGCGUUGGUCUGCCACGAAAAUCAUUCGUUUUCAACAUCUCAAACCAUUCUUCACACUUGGUGAUGAAGUGUUGCAAAGUGCCCAAGCUUCUCCGGAGCAGCAAAAUGCAAAGGUGGAGCCAUCGACAUGGACAGACUCCAGCGCUAGUACUAUUCCUCAGGGUGAGGAUGUCGAGGAAUCAUUACAGAGAGAGUGUGAUCAGCCUAUUCCGGAUACCAGAAAUGAAUCGCCUGAGGUAGAAGAAGAAGAAGAAGAAGAGGCCGUGAAGGAGGCAACUGCGACUGCGACUAUGAAUAACACAUUUGGUCCAAAUAAGUUGGCAGAAACUGAACGAACCAGAGCUCUCUUUGCGCUUGCAUACGACAACCCUGUUCAAGAUACGCAACAACCAUUGUGGAAGACAUGCAGCGAGUUUGAAAUAUCUGAAGCUGAAUAUGAAAGAAGCAAAGUGCUUUAUGAGAUGCUCAUGGAGCAAACAAAACGGUUGAAGCUGUGGAUCAGUUAUGCCCAGUUUGAGGCAUUUGCUAUGAUAGAGGGAUCAGAAUCGGAGUUGGCUGAUAAAAGAAAACGUCUCGAGCGUGCCAGAGAUGUGUUUGAAAGGGGGCUUAGCUACUUCAGAAGCUGUACCCCUCAACUGAAAGAGGAAAGGGCGAUGCUUUUGAACGAGUGGUUCGACAUGGAAUACAGGUUCGGCGAGGUUGGUGAGGUUGGUUUGGUUCGUGCUAGGCUGCCGCAGAAACUCAACAAGAUAAGGCGCCUACCAACUGGGUAUGAGGAGUAUAUUGACUACCUUUUCCCGGAAGAGGAAGAUGUCGAAAUGUUGAAGAAGCACAAGAUUGCUAAUUAGUUGUUUCAUUUUGUGGGUGUUGGCUGAUACCUUAUAUUUUGCUGCCUAUUUUGAGCUUCCACUAGUUCAUCUUAUCUUAUUAUGAAUGUAUGUCAUCUGCAACUCUGCACAACUUAUUUCAUAUCAACCUGCUACA